CAUUAGCUUUAUUAAAUCAGCAUGUCCUUUGUGGCUGUUCUGUCAAGUGGUGGGGUUCUGAUCUGGGUGCUGGAUGGUACCAAGCCAUGGUGAUGUCAACAUCCCUUCAAUGCCUGCGGCAAGGAGCAAGGGAAAAGCAACCGACUGACUGGAAUUGUAUCUUUGCACUCAGAAAUGUGCUGCAGCCUGGAGCUGGUGCUUUGAUUGCAAGAGUUGCACAGUUUCUGAGUGGUAUCCCAGAGACGGUGCCAUGCUCGAGUGUGAACCGGCAGUGCUCCUCAGGGCUGCAGGCCAUUAUCAAUAUAGCUGGUGGCAUCCGGAAUGGAUCGUAUGACAUUGGCUUGGCCUGUGGUGUUGAAACGAUGUCCCUCCGAAGCACAAAUAACCCUGGUGAUAUCAGUUCCAGCAUGAUGGAGAACAGCAAGGCUCGAGAUUGCCUUAUUCCUAUGGGAAUUACCUCAGAAAAUGUGGCAGAGAAGUUUGGAGUUUCCCGAAAGAAGCAAGACGCCUUUGCCUUGGCUUCCCAACAAAAAGCAGCAAAAGCUCAGCAGAUGGGACUGUUUAAAACUGAGAUUGUUCCAGUGAAGACCACUGUUCGAGAUGAUCAGGGCAACCAAAAAACAAUCACUGUACACCAAGAUGAAGGGAUUAGGCCCUCCACGACCCUGGAGGGCUUGGCAAAGCUGAAGCCUGCUUUCAAAGAGGAUGGUAGCACAACAGCAGGCAAUGCCAGCCAGGUCAGUGAUGGAGCAGCUGCUCUUCUGCUGGCAAAACGCUCAAAAGCAGCACAGCUGGGGCUGCCAGUCCUGGGCGUGCUAAGGUCCUUUGCUGUGGUUGGAGUCCCACCUGAUGUUAUGGGCAUAGGACCAGCCUACGCAAUCCCAGUAGCUGUGGAGAAAGCAGGUCUGACUCUGAAUGACAUCGACAUCUAUGAAAUUAACGAAGCCUUUGCAAGCCAGGUGAGUUACCUUCCUGUUGAGUUGCUGCGUUGCUUGGUAGCUGAGUGCUCUUCAGCUUGGAAGAUUUGAACUUGUUCCACAGCCAAAUGUUAAUAGCGGUGCAGACUAUUUUCCUUUU